GGGCAAGCUUGCUGAAACCCAGAGUGCCCGGAUGUCUAUCAGAAUUCAUGUAAUCCCAAACUGAACUAGAGGCUUAGUUUAGGAAACUGGAGUCUCUGGGAACAGGUAGGAAAGUGACUUUUUUUUUUUUAAGUGAGUGCCGUGCGUAAGCGAGAUAGGAAGCAGACAUCCACUGACUCACCCUCAACAAAUGCAGAAGGAGAUUUUGGCUGGAGGGUCAGCCAGAUGAGAGGGUUGAUGGACUGCAGACUUUCUGCUUUAUCAACUUAAUUAUGGCUUCCCCGUCAAGCUUGUAUAAUGAAGAUAGAAACUUACUUCGAAUUAGAGAGAAGGAGAGACGCAACCAGGAGGUUCACCAAGAGAAAAAGUCCUUCACUGUGAAAACACCUCUCUUUGGAGAACCCUACAAGACUAGCAAAGGAGAUGAGUUGUCCAGUAGGAUUCAGAAUACAUUGGGUAAUUAUGAAGAAGUCAAGGAGCUGAUCAGUACAAAAAACCAGAAUCUUUUUGGUAUCCCUGAAGAAAGUAGCAUCCCUUUAACCCCUCAAGGAAAAGCUAGGUAUUUAUUCUAUCCCAUGAAGACCAGUAGUAUCACUCCCCUGCCAUUCUUCAGUAGCGUCCACCACCAAGUUAUUAAUACUCCUGCCUCUGGUCCUAUUUACAAUCCUUCUCACUUUGCAAAAACAACACAGUCAAGAAUGGAACCAUCCUUGAUCUUAAACGUCAAAAGUGAUGGCAUGUCUGCUAUUCAGCACCAAGGAAAAUACUGCAGUGGUCAGGAACGUCAUCAUAGGAUUCAGAACAAGAAGGAUGAGCACCGGCCUGAAGGAACCCCUUGUAUUGAGCCUUCAGACUCAGUCCUAGACAUAGAAGGUUCUCUCUUGUCACCCGCUUUGUCUUCCUCACUUGCACCAUUGGCAUCUCGACAUUCCAACCAACCAACUGGGCCCAGGAUGCUGGGAAGCAGCAAGAGUGGCAAUAAGGGCUGUCCUCAAGCUAAAUCUCCCACGCACCUAACACCAGAGUCUAAAGAGGAAGAGACACUGACAUACAAUUUGCCUCUAGUCACCAGCUUAGGGAUACCAACUUCCCAGCCACCUCCUCCAACGUUUCCCCCUGCCUCCCUGACCCCCAAAACCACAGCAAUGCAGCAGAAGCCUACAGCCUAUGUUCGGCCCAUGGAUGGUCAGGACCAGGUGCCAAGGGAGUCACCUGAACUAAAACCACCGCCUGAAGAUUACCAUGGACAUUCCUAUGAGAAAACACCAGAUUUUAAAGUAACUGCCAAAGCCAAACUAUCUAAGUUGAAAAUGCCUCCAGAGUCCACUGAGGCCUUCACAAAUGAAGUACACUGUGUUGAAGAAAUUUUAAAGGAAAUGACCCAUUCAUGGCCUCCACCCUUAACAGCAAUCCAUACACCUAAUACAGCUGAAUCUUCAAAAUUUCCUUUUCCAACAAAGGAAUUUCAGCACAUUGAAUCUGUAUUACAGAACCACAAACAGCAUGGUACAUCUUCAAAAACCUGCUCUAAUUCCCGGCAGCCAACAUCGAUGUUAGAAGAUGACCUUCAGAUCAGUGACAGCGAAGACAGUGGUGAUGAGCAAGUCUCUGAGAAGCCCCCUUCUUCAUCUGCUCCUGCAAGUGUUCCACAGUCCCUUCCAGACAGUGUGGUUUCAGCACAUUCCAGCAAUACAGAAUCAGAGAGCACCAGUGAUUCUGACACCUCUUCAGACUCUGAGAGUGAGAGCACUUCAAGUGACAGUGAAGAGAAUGAGCCUCCAGAGCCUCUGGCGCCUGAGCCUGACCCACCCACAGCUAACAAAUGGCAACUGGACAACUGGCUCACCAAAGUCACCCAGCCACCUGUUUCCACAGAGAACUUCAGUGACACAGGACCCCAGCACCAUCCCCAGGAAGUCAAGGGUCAAGGCAGCAGUAGCACCAGUGGUCAUGAGCAUUCUAUCUCUAAUGAGCCCCUCCCCACUAAUUCCAGCAAAGCCCCCAGGACUACUUCUGAAGCUCCUCAUCCUGGCAGGAGAAACUACCCAAAGUCUGUUGUACAACCGGACAUUGGGAGACCCGCACACUGGCAGACAGUUGGUUCAAAACAACCCAAAAAGCCUGUAAAAACUUCAACCCAGGAAGAUUUUCAGGAUAACUUGAGGGUUGAAAAUGAGCCAGUUCCUCCACAUGGGUCCAAAGACCAAUCUUCCAAAGAUAAGCCCAAAGUCAAAACGAAAGGGAGGCCUCCUCGAUCUUCUGGAGAAAGACAAGAAAAGUUAAAGUCUACGUCAGUCCCCUGUGAGAAGAAGAAGCACAAAAAUUCUCACCCAGUGCCUGUGAAAACACCCAUGGACCCUGAACCCACAAAGAACAGUAUGGAUGAUCAGAGACUGGAACAUUUCCCUGUCAGUCCCCUGAUUCAGAACCCCAGCACAACACAGGGCAGUAGCAGCAGGAGUAGUGCUUGUAAAACAUCUUUGGUGGUUCAGGAGGAACUUGUUGGGAAUAAGGUCCUAUUGCCUUUCAGAGACACAAAGUCACUCAGGGAUACCCCCCUCCUCCAAAGCCUAGUAGUGAAGAUAGACCUAGCCUUCCUUUCUCAAGUCCCCAAGGCAUCUGGGAGGGGGUACCAGCCAAAGAAAAUCGAUCACAAGCAACUCCCAACUGGGAUUAAGCAGGAGUCGGAGAAUAGAAACGAGAAAACAAACAAAUUAAUCACAAAGAGAAAGGGAGAAGCAGAAAGAGACCUUGAUAGCAAGAAAAUCAAACUGGAGAAAGAUACCAAAUUGUGCUCAUCCUCUUCUGCUCACAAAGACUCUAGUAAAACAAGAUUGUUGAAGCCCUCCUCAGACUUCCUGAAGAAGGAGCUACCGCCACCAUCUGGGUCUCCUUCCCACAAACCAGCCAAGAGUGUACAUAAAAGACCAAGGGAUGAAAGCCACCCAUGUGUUCAGGGACACUCCAAAAGUACUAGCACCACUAAAGAUAGCCAUAAAGAUUCUUCUUCUUCUAAGCAGAAGAAAGUGGAAGGAAAGCCUUCUGGAAAUUCUACAAGUAAUAAAGCAUCUCCAAGUGAACUUUUUCCUGUGCCUUCUUUGCCAAAUGGUAACUCCAAGCUAAUGAAGCCUCAGGUCAAGUUUGAAAAACAAGUUUCUGAAUUUCACAUGAAAGAAGCCAAAAGAUUGAAGCACAAGGCAGAAUCAAUGUCCGACAAGGUUGGAAAAGCAUUUAAGUACUUGGAUUCUGUCCUAUCCUUUAUUGAAUGUGGAAUCGCUUUAGAGUAUGAGACUCCAUCAUCCAAGUCAGUUUACUCCAUGUUUUCGGACACUGUUGAUUUCAUUAAAUUCAUACUAUCAUUAAAAUCCUUUUCAGAUUCCCCAUCAUCUGCACAGGAGAGAAUUUUCAUUGUUCUGUGCAUGCGUUGUCAGUCCAUUCUUUACAUGGCAAUGUUUCGUUGUAAGAAAGACACUGCAAUAAAGUAUUCUCGGACCCUUAAUGAACAUUUUAAGAGUUCAUCCAGGAUGGUGCAGGCUGCUUCUUCAGGUGUCUCAAGAAAUAUAAGCACACCAUCACCUCGGUCCCCCAUGCCUUCUCCUGCAAGCUCUGGAGUUCUCCAGCCGGGGUCAAGUGCCGGCGGUACAGGGAAUUGUGGCAUCGGCUCAACUGUCAGCACUCCUGUUGUGAUCCAAAAUAUGACCUCUUCUUACGUCAUCAUCACUUCCCAUAUCCUCAAUGCCUAUGAUCUUUGGGAACAGGCUGAUACACUAGCAAGGAAGAAUACAGAAUUCUUCACAGAGCUGAGUUCAAGUGUCUGUGCCCUGGCCUUGAACAGCAGUCCAGUGGAGUUGGUACUCUACACCAGACAGGCCUUACAGCAGCUGAGGCAGUUGACAAAAACACUCUAACCAGCGGCCACUGUGACUCAUUGCCUUGUUGCACUUUGGAAACCUCAGAAAGAGUGGCACUCAGCUUUGUUGGGAACCCCAACUCAAGAAUGGAAUGGACUACAGUCUGAUGGCAGGGAAUCUGGCCCCUAUUCCAAAUCCUGAACCUUCCCAUAUCCUUCGGGCAGGGCCGUGUGAGUCUAUAAAAGAGAAGAGAUGGAGUUGUUGCAGAGUUGGUGGUUUUUCUUUCCCAAAGGACAGAUGUGCAAUGUGUAGCCUUAAGUUGGUUGUGUGUCAAUGGUCUGUAAACAUUUCUCUGGCUUUAUAUCAAGCAAGAUAAAAAUUACAAUUUGAAAAUGAGGCUGAGAAGAAACAAUUCCAGCUUUGAAAGUGGAUACAUCUCAUCUCAAAAUCAUCCACAGCCCAUUCCUACUAGUAACACAAAGAAUUCUUUCCAUGAUUUUUUUUUUAAAGAAUGAUUUUUGGUAUAGUUUUGGGGAUGUUGUAUGUCCCUUUCUUUAUUUUAAAAUUAUUUAUUUUUUUAAUUGUGAUGGGGGGGUAUUUGUUCUAACUGCCAUGCAUUGAAGUAUAAGUCAUGAAGGUUUCUUGGGUAUCACACUUGUCUGCCCUGUCAAUUAGGGUUUUGAUGAAAUUAAGUAUUUUAGGAGUUCACACACAUUGAGUCAUGUUCUUUUGUACUACAAGGUAACUUCUUAAACAUCACUGUUUGGGUUUCUCUGUUACUUAGGGACAGCCAUAAAGAGAGUUAUUCUGAGUCAAGAGCUAUAGAGAAUAGAAACAGAGUUUAUGAAGGCACAUCAGCGUGACUAUAUUCUGUAUUUCCUGUCUUAGUGAAAAAGCCUUUAUUUCUGCCAAGCUUGGUAGCCUUAUAGGUUUUUGUUAGUUUUUCAACUAGAGUUAAAAUGUGAGAGAUUAAACUGUAAUAUGCCCAGAAACUCAAAACUCUGUCAAAGAAAAAGGAAAUAUAUUUUUGAAUUAUAGUGGUGGUGUUUUGUUUUGGUUACAGGUAAUUUAUUUUAUUUGUAAAAUUAGAUCAUAUUGAGCUAUUCUUUCUAGAGGAAAUUAAUUUCAAGUCACUCGGGGCAAGUCCUUUUCUAUUUAUUGUCUUUGUAAAAGUAUAUACAAGCUAUAGGUGAUGAUUCUUAAUUUUUAACAAAUUUUCCGCCAUGUCUUAGCUCCAUAGCUCUCGAGUCAACAAGACUUGAUUUCAUUAUAUAAAAUAACGGCUUUCCUCCUAAAUUCCUUGCUUAAAUGGUGAGCAUUUGUUAAUUUUUAAAACCUUGGAAUGGAAGAACUUGGGCACAGUCCUAGUGUUGCUGAACAAACAUAUUUGUUAUAUCAAAACUGAUUUUUUCCAUGUCCUAGUGCAAACCAGAGAAUUGAAACACCACUUUGAUUAUAACAUAUUUAAAAGCCAAUUUUUCUUGUUGCUCAGUUUCUAACAGAAACAUUUUCCCUCCCUUACUUGCCCUGGACUCAUCCCAUACAUCCAACAUGAAGAUUUGAAAUUUCCUCUGACUUAUUUGAAGUUGUAUAAAUGAGCCCCCAAAUUACCAACUGAUAGUAAAAGCUUCCUGGAUAAUUGUUUGUAUAGGCUGCAGGUGUUAUAAACAAGAAAGGGCAAAUUGCUGUAUGUGACUAUAUAUCCCUUCAAACUGCCCCUAUUCUGUUCUUUCUCAUAUUUUCUUGGGUUAAAAUUCAUAGAACAAGAAGUCCAGGGGAAAGACUAGAAAAACACAUCAGAUUAUCCUGGCAUCAGUUCUCGGUUCGGAGGCAAAGCCAUGAUCCUUUUAAAAAUGCACUAUCAAAACUAUAAAAAAGCAAUAACUGCUUUGUCAGGUUGUAGGUUUAUAACGUCAUGUGAAUUUCCCACUUUGGGGGCAGAGCAAGGAGCAGCUGCACAUCUUGCCAACCAUAUGGGAUUAUCACACCACAUCCACCCUCUAUUCGGGAAGCAGAGGAGGAAAUACGGCUUUACAAUGUUGAGUUCUCUUCUUCAUUAUAGAUUCUGAUCUAUGCACGUUGGGUCACGGUGUGUGAGCUCUUUGGGAGCUGAAGUCCAAUUUAAACUGCUUCACAGGUGGUGAAAGAGCUGGUUUCUUUUCAGUAGCCUUGCACUUUUUGGAGGGAGGGGGGUGUUUUAUGUUGAAAAUUCCAAUUGGUCUAUGGAAGGCUGAUCAGUUUGCAAAGUUCUAUGUGCACAAUUAUGAACAUUGUAUGAUUCAGGUUCUUAUUGCAACAUGUACUGCACCUAUGAGAGAAUUACUCGUGGAUCCCUUUUUAUGUAGUGUAUAAAAUGUAGUGGCUGCUGAGUACUGUUAAUAUUCACCAAGUCUUUUGCUGUUACAGUUGUAUAUAGGAUUUAAAGGAUGUUUUAAAAAAUCAGAUGCACUUUUUUUCAUCGCAUGCUUCAAAUUCCAAAGGCAAAAUUUAUACUUAAGCAGACAAUUAAAAGACUGGUUUAUAAAAGUAAACCUUUCAAUCUUGUGAAAUUUUCAUACACAUAAGAAGCAAGCAGUAUAUGCUUGACAGUGAGAUAGACUUUGAAUUUUCCAAGAGAAAAAGAAAAAAACAGUAUAAAAAUCUUUCCUUUGGUACUAUAGUUUUGCUGGAAUGUCUUUAUUUUUUGUUUUUCUUUUUGUAGGAAGAGGGGGGAAUAUUUUACUUAGAAAAGGAGCCUUCAACUUUUCUGCCCUUCUUCAGAUAAUUUAAAAUGUGAACAAGCUUGAUAUUUUAACUUAAGAACCCUGUUUAACAAUAAAACCCACCUUAUAAAGUAUAUGUACCCAGAUGAUAGUCUGAGGGGGAUGGUGGGGGGGAGAGAGAGAGAGAGAGAACAUGAAUAUGCAUGCAUGUUUGCCCAGAACUAGAAAUAGGCAAGAGGGAACUGAGUAAUUAGCAUUCAGAUACAUUUUAGAAAUCAUUGGUGGUUUUUUUUUUUUCAUAACAUUCAACCAAGAAAAUGUCUGGUUUUAGGAGUAGAAGGACUUUAAUUUUACUGAUCUUUGGAAUCUCCAAUGUAUAAUCAGGUUUUCUCAUAGACAUGAGAACACUAUCUUAACACACUACUCAUUCAGGUCCUCCAGGGGAAAAAAUGUCAAACUUGCAACUUGAACCUGAUUAUAAUCUAAUUGAGAAGUUUACCAAAAAUAAAUCAAAAUACAGUUUAAUAGAGAUAAUAUUAAUUUGUGAUUUUUCUAGGUCAAUAGGUGACUGGCAGGGGGGGUUUCUCUUUGAGUUUGACACCACUGCUCUGGGGUAUUUAGCAAUUCUAUAUAGAUUUCGUGUUCACCAAUGUGGGUUUAAUAUUAUGAUCAAAUGUAACCUUUUUAAAGAAUGAAUCAGUUCAUUUCCCCCCGAAAGAAUGAAAGGUUAUAUCUUUGACAACUAAGGCUAUGUGUCAGGAAAAAAGUGGGUCCAAUAAAAUUGGCCUGGUUUUUAUAAUGAAAGGUUUUCCUGAUAAGGAUUUGUUUUGUUUUUGUGUUUGUCUUUUUCUUUCUGGAAUUUUCCCCACACAGUGGAUAUAUUUAUUGAGCCUUCAUUGACCAAACUUAAUUUUAAAUAGUAUAUUAUUUAUUUAGAGUUUACUUGCUUAAGACCUCUCUCUCCACAAGUCCCAUACUAGGUGAAUAUGAUGAGUUGAAUUCUUUGGUUAAGGAGAAUAAGUAUAAAGCUUAGUGUUGUGUUUUCACGUUUUCUCCUUUCUUCUCGAACAUACCCUUUCUCCUUGUGAUUGUUCCUUGUUCCAGACACUACAUGGCCCCAUUGGCAAAGCUUGCCCUAUCAUCUGUCAUAAUUCCAACAGCCACUUCAGAUUAGCAAUAUUAGAGCCUUGCAAGAAUGGGUGUUUUGGGUUUUUAAUCAUUAAUUUUCUCACUGGGGAAUAAAAUCAUCUGAAAAAGAAUUAUGCAAUAAUUUAGAUUGCUAUAGAAAGUUCUUUCUCAAUGGAAGUACUUCUUCCAGAUAAUUCCCCCCCCCCCUUCUCUUUAAUGUACUACCUCCUUUUAUUCCCAUAAUUGUAAUUAAGUGGAAGUAGAGGGCUUCUGCUUGUCCCCAGUUGUGUUUGCUUUGGAGGGGUGGAGUGGGUGGAAUGAAAUUGGGAGAUUCAGUGGUUCAUCUCUGAAAGCUUCAAGUGGUAUUUUUUUGGUCACCAAGCCACAAAUACAUAACCCAGUGUGGGAGUACUUUCUCUUUAGUAUAUCUAUCAAUUAAUUUUGUACACUGGCAAUAUCUUUAGUUCCUCUUUAUAACUAAAAGACAGGCGCUGCCUAUCACUUUUCUAAAAAUGUAUUCUUGCAAUAUUGAUGGUUUCUAUAUUCUCUUUGGUCUCCACAGGGAAUUCUGUCCCAUCAUGAGCUAUUGAGAAAUGUCUAUAUGAGGGGACAGAGAGAAGGAAAAAGUAUGGUUUGGCUCCCUUCUUUGUGAGUAGGGGAAGUAGGGAUGCAAACAACUAAUAAUUAAGUCACAUUUGUUAGAUCUAGGCCUUUUAUUAUAAGGUCAGAUAUGGUGGCUGACCUAAAGGAAUGAAAUUUAUUUUGCUUAAAAGUUAGCUUUUAAGUGAUUAACACAGGCAGUAUUAACUUUGCCAAUUGUCCCCGCCAUUAAGAUGUAUUGAUUAUUUUUUUUUUACUGCACAUCCCCCUCAAGUACCUACUAUCCAUAUUUUUUAGAAUUUUGAAUGUGAUCAUGUUUUGGGUAUUUUGAAGCAAGUUUUCCUUAUUUAUUGUCAUUACAUCCGUAUAUGGGGUUUUUUGCACCUUUUUUGGGUAACCUUAGCAAUAAAUCAAAUCUUGGUAUUAUCAUCUGAUGAGGUUUAUUUGUAAAUGAAUAAACUUCCAUUUAAUGACUGGGGAAUCACUGGUCUCUCUUGAAAUAAUAUAAAUUUUCAUUUAAUCUUUGUUGUCAAAGUGUCAGCAACCUAUUCAGCAAUAGUGAAUUUUGUAUGUAGAGUUCGUAUUUAUGUAGUGAUUUCAAGGGGAAGAUGUGCAAAAAAAAAAAAUGAACAGAAAUCAAUGUACUUUAUUUUCUUUAGUGAUGAGACUGCCUUACAGAAGUUCUUUUCAUACGAUUUAGCUGCCAUAUGUUGUCCUGCAAAGGGACAUAUCAGAACUGUGAGGAAAUUUAGUUUCUCUUUUAUGGAAGAAAAAGUCUGUGGAAGAUUAUUCCAAAGAUGGCAUGCCAUAGACCUUCUGCUCAUAAUUGCAGUUUUCAACUUUUUAAAAAAUUUACUUUUAUUUUUUGAUUCUUUUCUUUUUACA